AUGAAUUCGCCAAGCAGACGAGGACUCAGCACAGCAGCGCAGCUUGUGCGGUAUCAGAGCACCAGGGCUGAUCGUGUUUUCGCAGCCACCAAGCUCGGCGACUGCACGCUCAGCCGGACGCCCGAUCAGCUCGCCCAGCUGCCGCCCAUGGGGUACGUGUAUCUGGGACAGAUUCCCUACAAGCAGGCGCUCUCGCUGCAGAACCAGCUCAGCCGGCUGCGCAUCGACGAAAUCUACUCUGGGCCGCAGAAGACGCGGACACCGCGGUCCUCGCGGAAGCUCUCGGAUACCAUAAUCCUGCUGCAGCACCAGCCAGUCCAGCCGGAGCUGGACCGCCUGCAUGGCCUCGGGUGCGAGUACUUUGAGACGGACCGGGGCGGCGAGAUCACAUUCCACGGGCCGGGACAGCUGGUGGCGUACCCAAGCAUGUACUUGCUGGACCAUUUUCUGGGCACAAAGUGCUAUGUGAAGGGGCUGGAGAACGUGGUGAUUGAGAGUUGCGCGCAGUUUGGUGUCGAUGCGGACCGGCUCGAGGGGUUCCCAGGCGUGUGGACAUCGGGGACGGAGAAGGUCGCGGCGCUGGGCACGCAUGUCCGGCGGUACGUGACCUCGCAUGGCUUUGCGCUGAACUGCACCACGGAUCUGAAGUGGUUCACUGAGAUUGUGCCGUGCGGGCUGGAGGGCAAGACGGCGACAUCGCUUAAGACGGUGCUGGCGUCGCAGGGCAAGACGGCUGAUGUCAGUGUCGAUACAGUGCUGCCUGUGGUCGUCGACAGUUUCAGCAAGGUGUUUGGGUGCGAUGUCAAGCCGCUCGAGGAUGUAUCGCCGCACACAUUCAACGUGCUACAGGAGCUGCUAAAGAAGCAAUACAUUUGA